AUGGAUCCUCGACAGCGACCGGGCUUCACACGCACCGACACAGAUGGUAUUCCGCUCGAAACGGUCUCGCCGUCAUCUUCCAGCGGUUAUACGAAAAAGGAUGUGAAGGGCCCCGUGGAGUCCAAGGCCGAUGGCGUUGUCGGGGUGAAGCCAAUUGACAUUUUGGAGGAGCAUCUCCCUGCCUAUGACCCCGACAACGAUGGUGUCGCUCAUAUCAAGGAGCCUGUGACUACAGCAGAGGACUUGGUCACUCAGGUCAUUCAUGUGCAGGAUGACCCAAGUCUUAAUCCGUGGACGUUCCGUGUCGCCUUUCUUGGAUGUGGACUGUCAAUUUUCGGUGCCGUGCUGCAGGAGAUCUUUUUCUUCAAACCACAGACUAUCUUCGUGUCUGUGGUCUUCUUGACCGUCAUAGCAUAUAUCCUCGGGGAAGCUAUGGCAAGCAUUAUUCCACGGAAAGGGGUCUUUCGCUACCUCAACCCUCAUCCUUUUAACCAAAAGGAGCAUGCCGCAAUAACCAUCAUGGCAUCUGCUGCAUCUCAAGCAGCCCAGUCGACGCAAGCAUUACCUGCUCAAGCUCUGUUCUAUGGCGGAUUUCCCAAUAAGGCUGCCGGCAUCUUCGUCACAAUGUCUUCUCAAUUGAUUGGAUUCGGUUUCGCGGGCCUGCUUCGUGAUGUCCUUGUGUUCCCUACCAGGAUGCUAUGGCCCAUCAACUUGCCAGUCGCGACCCUCCUCGAAACUCUACACCGUGACAAAAAGGAGACCAAGAGAAAGCUGAAGCUGUUCUAUAUCGCCUUUUGCCUUAUCUUCGUCUGGGAGAUUCUACCCGAAUACAUCUUCCCAGUGCUUACUGGUGUCUCGGUGUUCUGCCUUGCCAAACAAGACAACCUUGUGUUUACCAACCUUUUCGGCGGCGCCUCCGGGGAUGAAGGGUUGGGCUUCCUGUCACUCUGUCUCGAUUGGAACUACAUCAUCGCCGUUUUCUCUCCGAUGUGGUUCCCACUCAACUCGCUGGUCAAUUGCAUGAUCGGUAUUGUCGGCUGUUAUAUUGUGUUCAUGGGCGUCUACUAUGGAAACAUCUGGGGAUCUUUCAGUCUCCCGUUCCUGUCGCAGGAACUCUUCAGCGAGGCAUCCAACUCGACAAACUAUGUGGUCUACAACCAGUCUGCGAUCCUCAACUCGGACUUCACUAUUGACCCGACGAAGCUGGCCCAGGAGGGUCUCCCUCAGUUGACUGGAACGUACAUUGUGUAUCUCAUCACCUCAAAUAUGGGCAUGACGGCGGCUUUCACCCACAUGUUCAUCUGGAACCGCAACGACCUCAAGGCUGGAUGGGCGUGGGCUACUCCCUCCAACCUGCGAAGGCUAUUUAACGCCAGUACAUGGAAAUUCUGGCAGAACCAGGAGUCGCCGGAAGAGCGUCUGCAGCGUAAAUACGACGACCCCACCUUGGAUCCUCACUACAAGCUCAUGCUGCAGAACAAAUAUCCUGAAUCUCCAAACUGGUGGUGGGCCUCUGUGGCCCUGGUCAGUUGGGUCGUCGGCCUUGGUUGUCUGUAUGGCAUGCACUCGACGCUGCCAGGCUGGGGGUUCCUGCUCGCCGCCAUCUUUACCUUCCUGCUUUUGCUCUUCCUAGGCGCCCAGAUGGGCCUCACAGGCUUUCAGUUCAACGUCCAACCGAUUUGCCAGAUGAUCGCCGGCUAUCUCUUCCCUCACCGGCCGCUGGCGAACUUGUACUUCACCUGCUACACGUUCAACACGUUGCAACAGGGACAACUCCUCGCCAAGGAUAUGAAGCUGGCACAGUAUUGUCAUCUUCCGCCACGGAUCACAUUCGUCGUCCAGGUCGUGGGAUGUCUCCUCGGAGCCCUCUUCAACUGGGUGAUGAUGAACGACAUCGUCGAGAACCAGAGACCGAUCCUCCUCGCCAUCCAGGGCUCGAACAUCUGGUCGGGACAAAACAUCCAGAUCUUCAACACGCUGGCCAUCUCGUGGAGCAUCGCCGACAAGAUGUACAGCAUCGGCGCAAAGUACCAGUGGGUGACGAUUGCCUUCCUGCUGGGGUUCCUUGUCCCGCUGCCUUUCUGGCUGGCCCACCGCUACUUCCGGCCGUGGAAAAUCUUCUCGUACCUCAACACGUCCAUCAUCCUCUGGUACGUCGGCAACCUGUUCACGGGCAUCAACUCGUCGUUCACGUCCUUCUACAUUGUCGGCUUCAUCUCGCAGUUCUACCUGCGCAAAUACAAGCCCCAGUUUUUCGUCAAGUACAACUACCUACUGAGCGCGGCUCUCGAUGGCGGCACGCAAGUCAUGGUGUUUAUCUUUACCUUUGCCGUCUUUGGCGGAAGUGGCAAGGCGCAUCCUUUCCCGACGUGGGCCGGCAAUCCUGACACCGGCGUGCACAAUAUCGACUACUGCAUGGUCAACCCUGCAAACGGAGGCUAG